AUUUAUCGUUGUUGCGGGCAACGUUUACAAAUGGCGGCCACUGGCCAAGGUGCAGAUGAUCAAGGUAAAGACCAGUAAGAUAGUCUGAAAAAAAACAACAGUCAACAUGGUUAGCAUACCUGACUGGUCGAAGUUCUCCCGGAUCCAUGACACCUUAAAAGAGCCGGGGAACAUACUGAUGAACAAGUACUACAAACAAAGGGAAGAAGAGACCAUAAAACUAGCGGAGGAACAUGGAUACUUCCUGGUCCCAACUCAGGGAUACUUAAUUAAACAUAUGGGUCCUUUGAAUGGGCGACGUGUAAAGGAUACAAACAAAAUAUAUCUUGUGAAGCUUGUUGGUGUUCAUAUGAGGAAAAUUGGAGACAUCUCAUAUUGUAUUAACUUGAGGAUCUGCAUCUUGCAUAAUAAUUUCUUAACAAAAAUUGAUGGCCUUGCAACCUGUCGUCAAUUGAUUAAGCUGGAUCUUCAUUCAAAUCAGCUUACAUCUGUACCAGGGAUUGCAUUUUGGUCAUCACUGAGGCAUCUGAAGUUUUUAUUGCUGCAUGAUAAUCCUCUAGGGAAGUAUGAAACAUUACAAAACAUUGCUACAUGUCCAAAUCUUAUGGGCCUUACAUUGUAUGAUACACCACUUGGAUUGAAGAGAAAUUAUCGGCACCAUGUUGUCAACAGUAUUUGGUCACUUAAGGCCUUAGAUCAUUAUGUUAUAUCUGAUGAAGAGAUAAUUGAGGAUGCAAUAUUUGGAGGAAGAUUUUGUACACAGAAUGAAGAAUUUAAGAUCAACCUUUGCCCACCAUGGUACGAGGAUGGAACAUUUGAAGAAGAAAUGGCUCUUUUACGGAGGACAGAAGCAGAAAUUAAUAAAAUUAUGGCUCACCAUUCACCAGUCCUGAUAAUACAAAGACACAUUAGAGGCAUUUUAACAAGAAAAAGGUUUGGCAGCUUUGGACAGAAAUCCAAAGGUUACAGAUCAGUUGAGAUGCCUCAUUCCUCUGAUGCAGUACCUCCUCCACCCUCAACUUCACCUGCAUUUACCUUAUGUAACCAGGAUUUAUCUGUAGGAACCAGUGCUGAAUUUGACACCUAUAACAAAAAUCGUAGACCAGAUUCCUCAGCACCAAGUGAUGUAACAGAAGUACACACUUCUUCAAAGGUGAAUGAACCCUACCCUACACCACAACCUCAAACACCUCGAACCCAAGAUGAAAUUGAAUCUCCAAAGAAGAAGAAGAAUUUACUGAUAAACCUAGCUAAGUUACAGUCUGGAACUUUUUCAACAUUGUAUGAUGAGGCAAUUGCCAUAGAAACUAUUUUACCAGAACUGACCUUUGAAAGUGUUUCUACCCCUGCAGAGACAAAGAGAUAUAGGAGAAGAAAGAAAUCUGAGCAGCAGAAGAGAAUUGUGAAAAGUGUAAAGCAGUUUUUUGGACCAGUUGUGGAGUCAGCAGAUCAGCAGGAACCUGAGAAAGAGAUUGAUGAUGACACACCUUUAACACAAUAUCGUCUGAGGGGUGUCCGUCCAGAAACAGGAUAUAUUGAUGCUAAAACUCAACUCAUUUUAUCUAACCAGGAAGCUGGGAGGAUGGUUAGGGAUGCUGAAGAUGAAAUACACAUAAGAACUAAUAAUAUGCCAAGACCUAAAAUUUCACCAAGAAAAAACAUUAACACUGACCAAAGAAUUUUUGCUCGUGUCCACGGCACUAUGGGUAUUUCUAGUUUGCUAGCUGUGCAUCAGGCUUAUAGAGAUAGAGAAAAAGCAGAAAGAUCUGCUGCAAGAAUAGAAAACAUUUUAAAGUUACAUGAUGAAAAAGAUCGAGCAAAGGAAAGAAUUAGAUUGUUUAAUGAAGAAAAAAGAAACCAAGCUUUACGAAAAAGAGACCAAGAAAGAGCUAAUAUGUUAGAAGCUUUAGAAAGACGUGAAAUUAGAAGGCUAAGUUAUUUAGAUAAAAGGCAUGAUAUUAAAGCAAGGUCAUCAGAAAUGUCAAGAACAUUCAAAGCUGACUUUACCUUUAUUACAGAAUUCAGUACCCAGCAUACAUCUGUAUCAAAUGCUUUAAUGCGACAUGACAAACAAACAAAACAGGAAGAUCGUGUUGCAGCAAAAUCAGAUUUGGUUUCGAAUUUGAAAACAACAAAACAAGACCAAUCAGAAAUAGUUAAAAAGUACCUAGAGCAUCGUCAGCUAAUGAGGCAGACAGAAUCAUCAUUGGCAAAAAAUGAACUUGAUUCCAGGAUGCUACAAGAAGCAAAUGAAAGAAUCAUGGAAGCGAAAACAAGGGUAGCUCAACAGAAGCAAAGAAAAGAGACUGUUAAAACCUUUUAUCCUCUCCCUCAAACAGUAACUCCUGCACCAAAUAUAGACAGUUCUGAUAGGCUAUCAGCACCUCCUCGAUAUACUCCAGGUGCUACUCAUUAUGAGGCAAAUGCUUUACUAGCAGAAGGACGGAUUGGAAAACACCAUACAAUGAUUUUAUGAGAUCAUACUUUACCCUUCCUUUCAUGUAUUGUGCUCAGAUUCACCUUACUUUGUUCAUGAUGAGCAAACUGUGCAUACAUUCAAGUACCAAAAUGAGUGCUCACUUGAAAUUUGGUAAAUAUUGUGAAAGUUAAUUUCUCGUACAGGUAUGAUUUUUUUAAGAAUUCAUGCCAGGUGGAAGAGUACAAUAAUUUGCUCUUAUAUUAAUAAAAAAGAAAAAUCUUUCAAUCAUGUGAGAAUAACCUCCAUGUUAAAUUUAAAGUAAAAUAAAUCACCAAAAUAACACGAAAUGAGAAUAUUAAAGAAAAUUGAUACAUGUGUAUCUUUAGUCGUACAUUGCUAUCAUAUUUGUUGUAUUUAUCAGGGUACAUAUAUAUACUUAUUUAAAGUCAAAACUUAUAUUUAAGCAUUGAAUUUUCGUAAUGAAUAGUCCUUAUUAAAAAAAAGUUUGAUUAAUUAUGAAAAUAAGAAGUUAAAACUUUUCAAACUUAAGAGCAUAAUCCAGUGAAAAAAAUUAAAGAUAAUUUUUCUCUUAUGAUCAAUUCUAAUUUUUAUUGGGAUGUAGAGAUGAUGUAUCACUCUUACUUGGAUGUGCAAAUAUGAUUAGCUUGUGAAAGGCAUAAUGUGUUUUGUAAAAUCAGUAUUGUUUGACUUUUUAACAAAAAAUUACCAAAAUUAUAAGAAUUGACUCUCAUUAUAUUUUCAAAAUGCAUCACAUAUUGACCAACCUAUUUCACCAAACUAAUAUAAUUUAACUGUGAUUAGUUAAUUUUCUAAUGAUUAAUUUCUUUCUUUCCCAAAAAAUGAGUUCAGAAAUUUAAAUUAAAAAAAAAUGUCUGCCUUUACAAGUUUCAAAAUAAGUUGAAUGAAUGUGAAUAAUCUAGAAUUUGUUUUUUUUUGUUCCUAUAAAAGUAGAUCAAUAUUUAAGGAUAAAAAAAUCUUGCCAAAAUCAAGCUUUAAUUGAUAUAAUUAGUGAUAGUAUGUUUUACAUUGUAUGAUUAAGAUAGUCAACUACAUACAUUUUGUCAGUUGUUCAAUCUCAAGCUUAUUCAAAACAUUGUAAUUGUUGGCCAUAGCAUAGGUAUUAGGUUUAGAAAAACAUAUCUUACAGUUGUCUUUGGAAAGCUUAAAGUCAAAAUCAAAUUGACAUUUUUUUUUUUUUUUAAUUACAAAUUACCGGUAUGUUGUUUUUUUCUUUAAUUACUAUGGGAAAAUCUUUCAAGAGAUUUAAAACUUUGUAAUGUUCAAAUGAAUUCCAUAGCUGUCAAGACUUGAUAGUGAAAUGAUUUAUGGACAAUUUUGUAUUGAAGUCCAAGAUUUAUAUGUUGUCACUCAGAUUUUUGUAUUCUUAAAGGAUAUUAUCACAAUAUAAUCAUUUUGUGCUGGUACGACGUUAAGCAAUCAUCAAUCAUUGUAAGGAAACUGGUUUAUUUUAUCAGUUUUAAACUUAAACAAAUGUUGUAGGCCAUGGAAAUGAUAUGUUUAUUGAUUCUAAAGAAAAUAAAAAUUCACACCAGGUUAUGCUUUAGUGUUUAUUUUUUAAAGUUGUAAUUUAAAGCUUUUAAUAGUACAUUUAUUUAACUGUUUAAAGUACCCUAUGAAUGUUGUCUACUUUGUUGUAUUGAAGUACUUUAAUAUUAUCUGAUUAUUACUCUUGUCAUAUUGAAAAUCAGUAUAUUACUCAAAUCUGCAUAAUACAUAAUGUAGUCCAAUAAUCAAACUUUUAUUUUUAAAUACCAUCAACAUCACCAAUCUACUUGAAGAUAAUUUUGUAUACGUUGAAAAUUGUCUAUAAAUAAGUCAAUCAGUGAGCCAAAAUAGGUGAAAUAUAUGUCAAAGUUCAUAAGUGUGCAUGUUCUUAUGUAAAAAAUUACAUUUGUAAUAUGAUUAAAUUAUGAAUUUUAUUGAGAACGGUAAUUUAUUUUACAAAAUUUAAAAAUGGAGAAAUCAUUGUCAUAUUUUAUUUUCAAGCUUCAUUGUUUUCUUCACCUAGCAUAUGUAGCAGGAUAGUAAAUGAAAUACAAAACCAUGAACGUAAUUCCUUUUUAUCAUUUAUAUUUUUAUAAGUUCUUUUUAUAAAGACCUGCAAACCAAGGUUAUUUUAAAAAAAAAUUUUUGGAUUUGAAAUUUUGAUCUAAUGCAAGAUUUUGUGAUCUCAUUUUGUUUUGUUUCUUUCAUUUGUUACACAUUUUCUUUGCAUGCUCACAAAUUCAGUUUUAUUGGAUACAAGAUUUACAAUAAUAAUGUAGACUAUUGUACUUCUAUCAUUUUAUCAAGUGAAUGCUGUUACUCUGGCAAAUGAAUUGACCAAUGUCCAUUGCUACUGUAGUGUAUAUACACUUAAAAUCUCUAAACAGUGGUACUUAUAUGACUGCUAGACCACCAUAGGUUACUUGGAUUUUUUAAAAACAAUCAUACAGUCUUUUUGACUUAUUAGAAUACUGCAUUACUGAAAUUGUUAUUGGUGCUUCCUGUAUAAAGCCAUAAUAGCAUUUGAUAUUGAUAUAAGUAUUAGUAACCAUUAUCACAGUGCCUUAUUCAUUGAGCUAUACGAAUAAAAAUUUAAAAAAAAAAACAUGAUUAUUUUUAACCCUGUAUUCUUAAGUCUUAUGACAUUCUCUUUUUUCCCCUUGAUAUUAUACAUUCCAUUGUCCUCAUACAUGUCAGAAUUUGUGUGAAAUACUAUUGCAGGCCUAUAUAUCAGGAAAAAAACAUGUGUACAACCAAAUUGUUUGUUUUGUUUGUUAACUAUUAAUGACUGGUUGUAAGUAAAACAAUGUUUAGUAACACACUGGUCUGUUUUCCUUUAAUUCAAAUAUGAUUGUUUUUGUCUUGCCUUCUACAAGAAGCAAUAGAGGGAGAGGCAUAGAAAUUACUUUUAUGGUUGCAUUGUAGUAGACAUUUGUGAAUACUUUGUGACUAAUUCCUUCUUUCACACAGGUCAAUCAAAAUUUAAAAAAAAUGUAUCUUAUGAUGUGACCUUCUCAGUAUGUCAUUGCCCCUAAUUUUAGCCUAAUUUUCUUGCUUUAGUCAUCAGGUUUAUAAUUUUUAGGAUUCUGUUUAUCAGUCACUUUAAAUGCUAGAUCAACAAUACAUGUAUUUCUGGUUAGAAGUGUAUGUCGGUCUGAUAUAUAUAUCUUAUGGCAUUGAUAUUUUUGUUAUGCUCCAUUGCUAACAAGAUUUUUUAUGUUUAUUCAUUAUAAAGAGUACUCGACUUGUAACUAGAUGAAUGUCAUUUGUCCUUGACCUCAAUAUCAUAGUCUAGUGAUCUUCCCAAUAAUUUUUAUAGUGGUGUUCAAUUAGAACAGUUGACAGGCCAGAAGUUUUUGUGUCUUGUCAAAUUAAUGCAGGCGCUAACUAUUUUCUUUGUUUUGUUAAAAAAAGUUGUAUUUCAAUUGUUACAAAAUAUUGUAAAUAUGUAUAUAAUAGUUCAUUAACAAAAUUGUACUCAUUUUACUUGUUUAUGUAUUGUGUGUUAGAUUAGUAAUUAAUGUUAGUCAAAAUAACUUCUAGUCUAUUUAUAUGUAUAUCAUAUUUAUGAGUGAUACCUGCUUAAAUUUAUAUUUUUGCUGAAAAUUGCAGACAAGCAAUAUAUUUUAUCAUUGUGAUUUUAUUUAGUGCAGGCUCUUUUUUUUAUACAAUAUCAGUAGACCUUUAACAAACAUUUAAAAUUAUUGAGUUAAUAGAUGAUAUUAAAUUACAAAAAUUAAGUAUGGAUUUGUAUCUCAAAAGACAAUUAUAACUCAAAGUUUUAAGUUUGAGUUAAACUUGAACAAUACUUUUUUUUGUACAAGGCAAAAGCUCAUGGCAAAUAAGUUUAUCAUUACACACCUAUUUAACAUAAGUAUAAAAUCAUAUUUAAAAUUGAACAUUUCUAUUACAAUUUGCUGUAAUCACAGUUGUGUAAUUACUUAAAUUUAAAAGCAUUUUAGUUUCAGUUCUGUUGAAAUUGGAAUACAAAGUUUAUGCUCAAUAUACCUAGUAAUAGUCUACUGCAAAGUAUUAAUGUUUUGAUAUAAAUUAAACAAAAAAAUAUCUACAAAAUCUCAUUUACUUUUUACAAAUUUUUCUGCAUGCUGAAAAAAAAAAGGGGGGGUGGGUAUUUUAAGCUAACCACACACAUGUAAAAAUAAUGAUGAAAUUUUGAAUUUUAUAAAAUAUUUAGUCCUGAAAAUUUUCAGUACAAUUAUCAUGCUCAGACUCAGAAAUCAGCCAAUCAGAAUACUGGAUUUGGUGUUCUGAGUACAAAUUUUGCAUGCUCAAUUCAAAAUAUGAGAAUUUUCAGUUUCCUUUCUCUUGUUAAGGUAAUGGAGAGCACAAAUUUCUCAAGUUAUUUACAAAUGUAUCUAAACUUUAUUUGCAUCAUAGCACCUCAUUAUUAAUUUGUGAUCUACAUAGUUUGAAUGUACACCAUUGUUGUAUGGUUUUUUUAAUCACUGUGAUACAAUUGUUUUGUUUUAAGUUAUUUCUUUAUCUUUCUCAGCUUUUUUAUAUUGUUUAUUUUUUUAAUAUUUGUAAAUAAACAAUUUUAAAUUAA